AUGACUUCUCUAUUCCCUGAAAGCCUCCUUUCCGCACUCGAAACCCUCACAUCUAACCCGCCCGCUUCACUCCUAGAAAACCAUGUCCUGAAAACAAAAUUACGACUUGCAGCUCGAGAUUUAUCGCUUGCUCUAGAGACACCGGCUGAUGCUCUUGCGAGAGUGUUGCUUUUUCAGCCUGUAGAAAGUUUAGCACAGGCUACCGAAGCAGAUGGUGUUUUGCUUGCACGUCUACUCCGCACGUACUUGGCCUUACCUGGAUUCCUGGCGGAUACAAAGUAUAAGAACCCGACGAAUCCACAGAAUACUGCGGUGCAGACUGCUUUUCAUCAUCCAAAUAAAGAUUUAUCUGGGAUUCUUGGAGAGAAACCCGAUACUGCGCAGGCAUUCGCAACGCUGAUGAGUACCUGGGCGGAAGGAACCUCAUUGGUGCAGGGUCUUUUCCCGAUAGCUCGAUUUCUGGCGGAGGGCGAUAGUUCGAUCUCGGCUUUGUGGGUGGAGAUGGGAGGUGGGUAUGGUCAAAAGACUGUCGCGCUGAGAGCUGCGUUUCCGGAGCUGGAGGGCCGGUUUGUGGUGCAGGAUUUGCUUCAUAUUGUUAGUGGUGCGGGUAGGAAUGAGGGAAUCGAGUAUUUGGUUCAUGAAAUAUUUGAGGAACAGCCUGUUAAAGGAGCUCGAGCAUAUUAUAUCCGUCAGGUUCUUCAUGAUUUUCCCGACGACAAAUGUGUGGUUAUUCUUACUCAACUGCGCAAAGCUAUGAAGCCGGGUUACUCUAAGCUCUUUAUACAUGAACAGAUUGUUCCGAGAUCGGGAGCGUCAGUGUGGGCAGUCACGCAGGAUUUUAACAUGAUGACGCUUUUGGGAGCAACGGAGAGAACGCGAGAUUGUUUUGUAGAUGUGCUUUCGCGAGCGGGGUUGAGAGUUUUGGGGUUAUAUCCGGCGUUGGAUGGAGUUUCAGAGGGGCUUGUGGAGGUGGAAGUUGAGUGA